AUGCGCCUUCGCUUGCCAAACCUGCUUGUGACGGCCGCACUUAUAUCGGCGGGUGCUGUGUUGGCGCAAGACAUUCCCACCGAUGUGCCCGUAUCAGCGCUCUUGACUUCAGCGCAGGAGCAUCUCGCAAAGGGCGAGACCAACGAAGCGCUAGCCUAUUACGAUGCCGCCAUCGCUCGAGAUCCUACCAACUACCUGUCCUUCUUCAAGCGAGCCACCACGUAUCUGUCACUCGGUCGCGCAAACUUGGCAACUGAGGACUUCAACAAGGUGCUCGCCCUGAGACCCAACUUCCCGGGUGCGCACAUUCAGCUCGCCAAAAUCAAGGCCAAGGCUGCUGAAUGGGAUGGCGCCAAGGCAGACUACGCUGCGGCGGGCGAAGGGCCUGAUUCCCCCGAGGUUCUGGCCUUGACAGCGGCGGAAGAGGCAAUGAAGCUUGCGCUGGCUGCCGAGAAGGAGGGGAAUUGGGAGGAGUGCGUCAAUCAUGCAGGCGAUGCCAUCGUCGUCGCCUCGAGAUAUGCGCCGUUACGGGAAGCGCGGUCGCACUGUCGCUUUGAGCGCGGCGAGCUGGAAGAAGGCAUUGGCGAUCUCCGCCACGUGCUACAGAUGCGACCUGGAGACAUCUCUCCCCAUGUCGUCAUCUCAGCUGUUUCGUUCUACAAUUUGGGAGAUCUUGACGCCGGUGUCGGGCAAAUUCGGAAGUGUCUUCAUUCUGACCCAGACUCGAAAAUCUGCAAAAAGCUACACAAACAAGAGAAGGCCGUUACAAAAGCCUUCAACAAGGCGACUGGUCAGCUAACCAAGGGACAAUUCACCACUACAAGCAGAGGGCUGGUCGGAACGGAAGAGGAGCCGGGGCUUCUCGCAAUGGUACAGGGACAGGUCAAUGAGCUGCGCGAGGAAGGGAGAAUACCUGCCAAAGGAAAGGUUGCCUUGUACGAACAACUGGUCGAGAUGGUUUGCCAGGCAUAUGUUGAGUCAGCUAGCAAACAUGCCGAUAAGUAUUGUAAUGAGGCAAUUGAGCUAAAUGAAGACUCUUUCUGGGCUCUUCUACAUCGCGGCAAGACGCUCCUCAAGAAGGAAGAGUUUGAGGCAGCCAUUCAAGCUUUAGAAAGUGCAGCAAAAGCGCAUCCUGAUAAAAGAGACAAGGUCAACCCAAUUCUUAACAAGGCACAGAUCGAACUAAAACGAAGCAAGACAAAGGACUACUACAAGGUUCUUGGUGUGGCCAACGAUGCUGAUGAAAGACAGAUAAAGUCUGCAUAUCGCAAGGCAUCUAAGCAGUACCAUCCAGAUAAAGCCCACAAGCAAGGUAUCACCAAAGAGGAAGCGGAGAAGAAGAUGCAAGCUAUCAAUGAGGCGUACGAGGUGCUGAGCGACCCUGAGUUGCGCGCCCGGUUUGACAGAGGAGACGACCCCAACUCCAACGAGAGAGGGAACCCAUUUCAAGGCUCGCCGUUUGGUGGCCAGCACUGGGCAUUCCAGCAGCCAGGCGGAGGUGGAGGACAGCAAUUCAAAUUUCACUUCAACAACGGGCCAUUUGGAUUUUAA